AUGUCUCAAAGGAGAAAUUCUGGUGAUCCGUCGGACUUGCCACCUCCAUACGAAGAAGUUGUGGGGAGACCCUCUGGACAACCGCGCCCUACACAGCACAAUUCAAAGCCUCAACCUCUACCACCUCGACCAAAUGCCCAUUCAAACUCUCUGCCAACAUACAGUGUCCCAGCUUCUAGCUCUGUGAGUGUGCCUCAGAAAGCGGACGAUAUGUACACUGCGAAUCUGGCUCUACCAUGGAGAUAUCCCAAGGACUUUUUCUGCAAAAAGUGCAGGAAUACCGGAUACAAGAUGGGAAGUCCCGAGAAGAAGUGUAAGAGGUGCUGGAAACAGUUUGAACCCAAACCGAAGCCGAUAGUGUACAAACGGCCACCGUCUAACGUGGUUCCGUUACCUCCAGGAGCUCGCAUAGUUAGUCCCAUGCCAAUGGGUAUGCCUCUGUCCGGGGCUCCUGGGGCACCUAUGAGGCCGAUGGUAGUCCAUCCGGGUCAUCCAUCUAUUGGCGGUGUUCUUUGCCAGAACUGCGGUGGAAGAGGUAUCGUUUCCUUUUUUCUGGAUCAAGAGACGUGUCGUACAUGUGGAGGUAUAGGAAGGGUAUUCCCCGCAUAUGCGAGCUAG